AUGUUGGCGGCUCGAGGAUUUAUUUUGUUUGUGUCUCUUGUCACGGCUUUAUGUGAAGAAGAAGCCUUCCUCACCCCAUGCGACAUCACGGAUACAGAAUGUUUACGGAAGUCAACGCAAAAGUUUCUAGCGAAAACGGCAAACGGAGUGCCCGAAUAUGACAUAAGGGCCAUUGACCCUAUGCACUUGGCCUCAGUUGACUAUUUGCUCAGUGAGGAAUAUGGCGUCUGGAAUCAUUUAUCGAACUUAACCAUAAUCGGAUUGAAAAAUCAAGAAUUGUCUAAAUUCAGUUUAGAUACUAAAACAAAGGCCGUGGAAUUGCAAACAAAAUUAGACCUCAUUAUUACUGGAGACAUAACGGUUGAGGUAAAGAAACGCGGGAAAUCAUUUUCCGGCUCGAUUUUAAUUAGAGGAAGUGCAUUGGGCACAGCUUAUUACAACUAUGAUUUUAAAACUGAUGCCAAUGGUGUGACGCACUUCGAAGUAAGCCCUGAAACCAUCUCCUGCCAACCCAUUAAUGAAGCGGUAAUUAAAUUAGGCCCGGAACUUCUAGAAUCUCUAAGAACAGAUCCGGAUAUUCAACCAGAGAGGGAAAAAAUAAAGUCGAAUUCUGCUGACAAGGGUAAUAGCCUGGUCUGUGCGAUUGUCGAAAAGGCAUAUGUGACAGUAGUACAUAACAUACGAGCCUCUGCUAAAAUACUGCCCAAAGACGCAUUCUUGAAGGGCGUGUGA